AUGGCAUUCUCCGGGCCCGAGCUGCAGUGGAAGUGGUUAGAGCUCCAUGACUUGGUGUCCCUGCGUGCUGUAGAGAGGAAGAUUCACACCGCAGCCGGUGCUGCUGUCCGGCCGAGGCAGUGGAGGCUCCACAGUCGUCCCCGAGCGCAGCACUCUCGGCUGGACGAGCACAAGCUGCAUUACGCCGCCUGGGACGGACGCGUGGAGCACGUGAAAGCCCUGCUGGACUGCGGCGUCCCUGCUAACUGCCAAGAUCCUCGCGGCUGGACGGCUGUCCACCAUGCUGCUUUCAGAGGACACCUCGCACUGCUCAGGUUCUUGCUUCACGCCAGCAAAAUGGAUGUGAACUGCCCAGAUCUCUUCGGCUGCACCCCCCUGCACCGCUCCUGCAUGGGAGGCAACAGAGACGCCACUGAGUACCUCCUCCAGAAGGGAGCGUCCCAUGAGGCACGCUCCUGUUGUGGCCAAACGCCCCUCCACCUGGCUGCGGCUGGUGGGCACCUGGGCACGGCGCGGAUGCUGCUACAACACCUGGCAUCCCCUGACGUGCUGGACUCACGCAGGUGGACACCACUGCACUGGGCCGUGUUCGGGGGUUGGGGCGAUGUGGCCGAGCUGCUGCUGGAUAACGGGGCAGAGUUGGAAGGGCCGAGCGGAGUGGGGACGAGUCCCCUGCAGCUGGCUGUGAUGGUCGGCAACGAGGCAGCCGUCAGGCUCCUGCUUCAUCGUGGAGCCGAUGCUAACCUCAGAGGUUCCACCGGCCGAACGGCACUCCACCUGUGCGCCUGCUCCGCUGAGAAGAAGAUCCUGCAGCACCUGCUAGCUGCUGGGGCGAAGGUGUGUGUGAGGGACAGGGAUCAGGCCGCUCCGCUGCACCUGGCCGCCCUCAGUGGCUCCAGUGCUGUCCUCCACCUCCUCAUCCUGAACGGAGCUGGACUGGAGGACAGGGACAGCCUUCACAUGACCCCGCUGCAUUACUCCACACUGAAGGACAAUGCUGAAGCGGCGAAGCUCCUGCUGCAUUACGGAGCACAUGUGGAUGCCACUGAAAGGCUGGGGAGGACCCCGCUGCACCUGGCCACAGAAAGGGGACACUGCAAGGUUCUGAGUGUUUUGCUGGAGAGAGGUGCCGAUCCCUCCAUCAAGACGAAGUGGAGGGAGACGGCUGAAGACGUGGCGAGAACACACAAACAGUAUGGAUCACUUAAAGUGCUCCAGGAACACAGGAAACCUCCAGUAAGAUCUCAAACUCUAGGCCUCACCGUUACUGAGAGUGUUUGGUAACAAGAGACACUGUAUUAAGUCCGAAUCAACAUGGACACCAGUUGAAUGAGAUCCUGUGUGGCAUUAAAGCUAGUGGACUGGAUUGCUUUGUUGUUGUGAAUUUAACUGUGUAUUCAUGUUUAAGCCAUUUUUAACAGAUUGAGCUAUAAUUUGUUGUACUAUACGAAAUUAAAGAGCUAUACUGUGCAAUGUUUUUACACUUUAUGGCGUAUCUGAAAGUCUGACAGAACAAAAUGUACGACAUCUUCUUCCUGUGAUACGUCUGUUAUUGUAAUCGUAUACUACCGUGCUAAAUAGUACGCCAAGCUAGUACGCACGCCUAGUCUGUGUCGCCUGUUUGUUUUUGAUAUUUUUUUUUGUCUUUGCAUACUAUUUAGUACGGUAGUAUACGUGAUGACGUUUACGCGGAGGGAUACAAGGACUUACGCAAGG